UAUAAUACAAACCGUGAUAUGUGACAUCCUCCUUUCCUUUACGUAUCAUUUAAAGAGAUGGUGGUGUAAUUCACAUUACAAAUUUAACUGUUUAAACGGGAGUCGAAACAAACCACAAUAGGUAGCAGUUUAGCUAGUUAAAACUUCACGACAAUUCCCUGACGUUUGCGGCAAGUGGUGAUGUGUGGUUGGUAAACAGACAGCGGGUACCGAAAUAGUUGGACCGUUAACGGCUGGCUGCUUGAGCCCUAACUUGCCGUCUCUAGGGAAACCCGGCAGCUGAUAGGCCCUCUCUCAUUGUCUGCCUGCCCACGGCCGCGGUUGGAGGCCACAGAGAAGAAAGGAACUCAGCUGAGAGAGGGGACGGAGGGGACUCCUCACCUGGGGGAAGAGAGAGGAAGAGGAGGGUGGAACUGAGGUGCUUCUCUCAGAGUACGUACAGUGCCAUAGAGGGACAUCCUGUGUCUGACUCCUCCCCUCCUGUGCGGCCAGCGUGCGCGGGCUGCCAUCAGAGAGGAUGGGAUAUGACAUCGAGCGCUUCGUGGGGUACGUAAACGAGGGCCUGCUGUGCUGCGUUUGCCGGGACGUCCUGGAGGACCCCCUGCAGGCGCCUUGCGAGCACGCUUUCUGCAGCACCUGCAUCCACGGCUGGCUGGUGCACCACCACAACUGCCCCGAGGACCGGCAGCCUCUGGACGUCGCACACCUCCGACCUCUCUUCAGGUACAUGCGGAACGACCUGAGCCGGCUGCAGAUCCGGUGCCGGAACCGAGAGCAGGGCUGUGAGAUGGUGUGCUCGCUGGAGUCGGUGGACCGGCACGAGAGGGAGUGCGAGUACGGCCUGGUGGGCUGCACCAACGCAGGUUGUCCCAUGCAGGUGGAGAGACGCACCCUGGAGGCCCACCUCUCCGUGUGUGAGUUCCGGAGCAGGGAGUGUCCGAACGGCUGCGGAUACACCAUCCUCAGCUGCGACGACACCCAGCACAACUGCGUGGCCGAGCUGCGGACAGAGCUGGAGCUGCUGCGGUCGGAGAUGAUCUGCAAGGUGGAGGAGGUGAGGCACGAGAUGGAGUCCAGGCUGGACUCUCAGAGGAGGCACAUGGUGCAGAAGGAGAGUCUGCUGAAGAACGAGGUGGAGGAGCUGAAGGGCCAGCUGUCACGGGUGAUGUCGGACGUGCGCGCCCUGCUGGGGGCGGAGCGUCUUCACAGGCAGGAGCUGGAGCAGGCGGAGCUGGAGAAGAGGGAGCUGCUGGAGCUGCUGAAGAGCCUGCAGAGGGAGGGGCGGAGCCCAGCCGCCGCCCCGGCCACGCCCCCCGCGCGCCCCAUCGCCGAGGGGCUGCGCAAGGCCAGCAGCGCCCGCAGCCUCACCCUCGACUGCAUCAAGAGGAAGCCCCGCGAGGUCACCGUCAUCUGAGCCGGAUUAUCAGUGGAGCACAGAAGACUGGAUUCCAAGCACUGGGAGAACUGUGUCCUAAAACUGCCAUUUCAACAACCCGCUGCCACUGCCGUUUCAACGCAACCACAAGAAAUUGUUCUAUAUAUAUAUUCCUAUUGCUUCAAUGACAUUCCAGUUCCUCUCAAGUCUUUGUACGUUGAAGUUUUUGAAGUUCCUAUCCUUACCAUCACAAUUGUGAUUGGUGUGACUUUGAACAAGAAAUUUGCGCACGAUUUUGCACGUCAAACGCGUCAUGUUGAAAUUCAGCUGUCUUGUGAUUGGUGU